AUGAUCAAGUACAAGUUCACAUACGGCAAUGAAUGUAUCGUCAUCCUUAUCCAGUUCGCCUACUUCCUCAUCGCCUUCUGGGUCUUCAACUUCGGUCAAAACUGGCAAAACAUUAUCACAUCCUCCCCCGCAUUCGCCUGGAGUACAUUUACACUCCCGCCAACCUACUGGGGAGUUGGACAUAUCAAUUCCGGGUUCGUGGCGUUUAUGUUCAAUGGAUUCGAACAAUUCUUCACCGUCAUCGCUGGAAUUAUCCUCGGGGCUUUCCUGUUUCAAGGUGUUGUGGAAAAUGCGAGGGCCUCGCUUGCACUGAGGAUCGCGAUCCAAGAUUUAUUCGUGUCGAUCACUGGAGGGGAUGGACCCGGCCUCCUCGCUGCGUGUGCGCACUUUAUGAAAGCGGAGAAGGGAGUCAUGGCAAAGCGGCUUGUCAUCGUCAUCAUCUGUGGUCUUCUCAACUUCCUCGGAGUCCAAGGCGUUCAAAGUCUUCAAAACACUGCAGCAUGUUGGCAGCCCAAACCUGGCCACGGUAUACAGGACGAUACUUCCUGUCUAUUCAUCUCGGGGAACAAUAAUGGAACGGACAACAUCUACAAAACCUUCGCCGAAGAACCGACCUACCAACCCCUCCUCUACUACGACCUCCUGAAUCUGAACGCAACCAUGGAGAAUGAAGGCUUCAUAUCCUUCAUCGCCGCGAAUUGCUGGGGUAACCUGCCGGACAACACAAGCCAGGUCGUGGGAUUGUGUGAGGGCACACAGGUGACAUGCACGCCGUACACCGGUCCCUUCAACGUAAACGCUACCAGCUCGAAGAUCACUCCAGUUCAGUUGAACCCACCAGCUGCGGAUACUACGACAUAUCCGUUCCUGUAUGACGAUGCGGGAGUAUAUAUAUUGCAACACGGCAAAUUCUCCGAAGUCGCUAAGGUGUGGAACAUGACCGUCGGAGUGGUUGUUCCCGUUAUUCCAAACACGACCGUGGCCGCCAACUCGCUCAACAUCACACAUGGUCAUGCCGGCUACGAAAAGAUUGAUACCUCCUCUCCUGCACAUCUUGGAGAUGGGUGGUACACGAUGACCGAUUACAGCGUCACCGGUGCUUUGUUUAACCGAUCCUUCUGGAUGGGCGAAUGUUCCAUAUCUUUUUGGAGAGACAACCAGUCGACUUUUUUCCCGCAAAACCAAAGCGUUCAAUUCGAUCCACGCGAUCCAGAGAUUCUGGUGGAUAACGUCGUUUGGACACUGCACCCCAUCGACGAAACUUCCGCAGACGCUCCCGCUGUCAUCUGUGAAGACGAAGGCAUCACGCAAGCUUGGCACGGUCUGCAAUAUCCAACAGAAAACGCGACGGUCGACACCUUCACCAACCCACUUACCGAACAACUGAUCUCGCACACAUACCACUCCCUCCUCUCCUCCCUCCGCGCCGGCACCUCCAACAGAACUGUCCAAGGAACCCUCUCCACCUCCACCUUCCCCUACCACUACAUCUGGCAAGAACCAGACAUGUGCGCCGUCAUCACUCUCUGGCCGUACCUCCUCCUCCCAAUCUGGAUGAUCCCGAUCCUCCUCUACAACCUCUACCAACUCAUCCGAACUCGUCGCGAGCGGUACGCGCGGAGUGUGAUUAGGGAUCAAUGCUUGACAGCCGAGGGGUUGAUCCAUGUUUAUGCCAUGUACGCACGUAUGGAGAAAAACAUCGAUCGCCUCCCACGGUCCGCGAAGAGGCACGCCCUAUUCGCGUUAUACGAGAAGAUCGAAACAGAGGUCCGUCAUGAUUCGGAGGAUGUAUACUGGGAUGCGCCGGAGGGGCCGGGUAGUUUGCCGACAGGACCGGAAGCGCGGAAGGAUGAGGAUAUGAUGUAUGGUCAGCCCGAUACGGCGUAUCCAUCGUAUCCAAUGGCACCGGUCAGUCCAGCGUAUGCACCGCUGAUGUAUACGAGCCCCAUGCAAUCGCCGUCGUUUCCACGAGCUCGAGGAGGACAACACGCGUACGGCAGGUCCAGCCCGCCGAUGCAGGAGCCGUUACUGGGUGGUGAGAGUGGGUAUUACGAUUCAGCGGGCGUGUAUCAUCACCAAUAUUGA